AUAGAAGCGAAGAAGAGCAAAAACAAACAGGAAUUUCAUCAAAAGGCUGCUUCAAUGGAAUCUCGUGCACAAAUGUCUUGUGUUUUGAAAGUGAACGUCAGUUGCGAGACAUGCAAAAGUAAGGUGAUGGAUGUGUUGCAGAAUCUCCAUGAGAAAGGGACAAUGAAAGUUUCAGGAAAUGUAAAUCCGUAUAUAAUUAUGAAGAUCUUUGAAAAAUAUGGGAAACAUGGAGCCAAUGUGUCAUCCCCACCAUUUCUAUUAUGGGUUCAUUCCUUAUGGAUCGGUUCAUCCCUAUCCACCUAUGGGAGGGCCAGACCAUAAUUUUUUAGAGAUAUUAAUUAUUUCUAA